AUAUAAUGCGCGUACUUUAUAUAUAAUCGAUGUAUCACAAUCAGUAGAACAUGAUCAUCCUCACGCUCUAGAAUUUUUGAGAAAUGAUUGUACAAACAUUACUGAAUAUUUCAAAAAGAAAGGUGUGAGAAUAAUGAGUGUUAGAGAAUUAUUUGAUUUUAUCACUGAUGUUAAUAUUGGUAUGGAAGAUGAAAAAGUUGAAGCUGAAUUAGAUAAGAUUCAAGAACGUUUGGCUUCACAGCAAUCAAUGGAAACUUUAAAUGAAGAACAAUUACAAAAAGAAAAAGUUGAUGAAGAAGUUUUUAAACAGUCUUAUAUUCCAAGAACAUUGGGUGAAGUUAUAGACGCUGAACGAGAUACUAUAAAGGUUGCACAAGGUGAAGGUCUUUCGAUAGAUGACAAGUCAGAAAGUGAAGAUCACGGAGAUCACGAAGAUCACGGAGAUGAUGAAGAUCAUGAGGAUGAAGAAGAUCAAGAAUUCCAAUCUGAAAAGUAUAUAUUAAAAGAACAAGAUGAAAAGGAAUUAGAAGAUAAUCAAAUUGAGCAAGAUUCAAAUGAUGAGAAUGUAAACGAUCUAUUUGAAAAGCAAUCACGGGGAAAGAGGAAUGAAGACAAGGACGUUAAGAAGGAACGAAAAAAGUUAGCCAAAGAAGAAGCAAGGGAGAAAAGAAAGCAUAAAAUGCCUAAAGCUGAAAAGAAAAAGAAAAUUAAAGCUACUUCGGGGAGGAAAUCAAAAUAG